AUGUCGGAUACCUUCCCCACCCAGGCUGCGGCCACGGGAGACAAGACCCCUCCCAGGCCUACUCUCUCACCAAAACGAAUGUCCUCUGGCCACCUCGUCCCGGUUGAAAGUCAAGUUUGGCCUAAUCAUCCAAAGAAUAAACACUUGGGAGUCAAUUCUGGUGUUGACACCAAUAGUGUCAACAUCCCAGGCGCUAAUGGGAUCACGGUCACGGAAUCAAAGGCCAGCUGCAAGGACGUUGUCGAAAUGACCGACACGGAAGAUCCUGGCCCGCCGUCUGUACCUGAUCCGGCUUCUCUGUCGCCAGCCAAACCACGCCCCUCACAAAGCCCAUACCCUGGAGCCGGUCCGGGCGGCUACCCAAUAGAUGGCCAUGCUUGGAGACGCCACCCCGCGAACCUUCGAUACCAGUUUUUCGAAAUGGAGCAAAUGCACCACGACGAGAUCAACAGACAAGAAUGCACUGAGGCUUUCCUCCUUGGAGACGACGAGAAGAAAAUUGAAGAGAAGAUCGACACCCGUACUCCAAACACUACUAUCUUCACCUUCAACAAGGAAGACCACACCCUCGCCAACCUUCUCCGCGACAAGCUUCUAAAAAACAGCCACGUCACCUUUGCUGCCUAUCGGAUCCCGCAUCCUCUCUUUGCCAAAUUUGAACUUCGAGUCCAGACCGACGGUGAGAUUACCCCCAAGGAAGCCGUGCUGGCCAGUUCCCGCGACCUGGUCCACGACCUCGACGUCCUCAAGACCAACUUUACGCGAGAAUACGAGUUGAGAAAGAUGGUUGGUGGUGCUGCACAGAAUGGACAGUGA